CUGAUAAACCGCCACAUCUAACAUAAAGUCACGUAACAAUCAAGUGAUUUUAGAGUUGUAAUAUAAAAAAAACGAACUCAGAUCAGGAACUUACCCCACUGCCAGACGCCAUCUUGUUUAGGUAGUGACAAAAUACGGCUGUCGUAAAAUCAAAUGUAUAUCUGAGAGGUGAACAGCGACGCCUGCUGGAGCGGAGCGGAAAGACAAUUACUUUUCUACAACAGCCCCCUCUGUUGUCAGUCCACUGACAUGAAGGUGCCUCCAGCUGAAAGAGGAUGUUUAAUAAAUUUUCUGGCUGGAUGUCAAACAUGUUGGAAGGAGAGACCCCCCCCUUUGACUUCUCACCGGACCGGAUGCAGCCUAGGUGAGGCGGCGGCAGAGCAGGCCCCGCCCCUCUCAGGUGCGGCUCAUUAAAAGCUGUGAAAGCGGAACAAUGGCGUCUGUCCGUCUGAAGAGAAGGCGCCAAACUCAAGCUGCAAAAAAUGUCAACCAGCGGAGUGGAAAGUGCAGCUCACAGCCCGCUGCUCUCCUCCAGCUUCUGUUUCAGCCCGUGGUCGUGUGUUUGCGUGAAGGGCUGGUCGGCGGCCGUGUGGAACGGCCUCCCUGACCCGCUGCUGGCCGCCGCCUCCGGAUGCUCCGCCCCCGAGCCGUGGCUCCUCCCCGGCUGCAGCUCCGUGUACGACAGCCUGGUCAGUAACAUCUCUCCGCUGCCGUCUCCUCCCGCUGCCGGCGGCCUGCGAGGACGAGACCGAGCUGCCAGCAACAAACCACGCAGGCCGUCCAUCCUGGAGCGAUGUAUCCUCAAAGUGUCCACCAGCAGCGUGGCUGUGGGGACGGAUGAACUGGACAGUAAGAGGCCUCCCUUCGGUCGCUGCUUCUCCCGCCUCCCGGACCCGGCCAACACCGAGACCAACGCCGCAGUUCUGAAGCGGCGUCAGAAACAGAUCCAGUACGGCAAGAACACCAGCGGCUACCAGAACUACCUGCAGCAAGUCCCCAGACCCCUGAGGGAUCCGAAGCUCCACCCGUCCACUCCCAACAAGUACAGGAAGUACAGCCGGCGCUCCUGGGACAUGCAGGUGCGCCUGUGGAGGCGAGCGCUGCACCUGUGGGACCCUCCGACCGACACCCAGCUGGACGGCGCCGACACGCAGGACCCGGUGGAUCAACUGCAGAGCCACCUGGAGAAGAUGACCUCUGACCUGUGUGAGGACGGAGGAGACAAGCAGAGAGAGAAGGAGACUCCAGCAGCCUCUAAAGCCUCCUCUGUCUCUCCUCUGUCCACCGUGACGUCUCUGGAGCUGCCCGGACCCUGGAGCAGCCCGGACGCCGAAGGAGGCCACAGGCCUCUGCGCUCUCCCCCCGGCCUGAGUCAGAUGACCAACCACGACGACAUGACCGACUGGCUCCGCCUCCUGCUGGAGGCCGACGACGCCCGAGAUUUCGGCUCUGAUGACCAGCAGGUUCCAGUUUUUUCUGACCAGCUGUUGUGGAACCCGUACUGAUCCUCGCCGACGCGCCGCCGGUCUGAAACAAACGAGGUUCAGCCGUCGUCACGGAAACUUGAUGUCCGGACCUCGUGUGUUCUUUGUGCGUGUGGUUUCCAGCUUAUUUGUCUUUUUAAGAUGAUUAACGACAGCGAGAAUGUGAUUGGUCCUUGAUCCGGGUCACAUCCGCCCCUCCGGCAUCUCUUGUCGGAGCUGGGGGGAGGAGGGCUGCGACCUGAAGAGAACUGAGGGGGAAUGUGUCGAGGUUUCCCGGCUGCUCUCGAACGCGUCGUCGGGUCGGACAGCCGAACACUUUGACCUGAGCAUGGUUCUAUAGUUUGCACUUUGUAUUUCUGUUACUGCAUCGGAUGGAGCACUUUCACCUGCGUCGUGUUUGAGUUGGAGCUGCACUGGAGGAACGCUGCUGAGUUGUUCUACUUGAAGUCACUGGUUUUGUCUGAACUGCGGUGUCACGUUGGCGCUCUCUGCGGGCUGCUGUCGUCUUUGGUCCACCGUCACCUUCAUGCUCUGCUGUCUGGGUCGGGCUCCAGAUCCUCCUUUCUGCACCUCCAUGUUUUUUCUGAAAAACAAAACCGUUGCUCAAUGGGGGAGAGAAGGCUGUCGCUUUGUGUUCGUUUCCUUUUACUUUUUGUGUUUCUCAAUUUGUCAUUUUGUGCUGCUUG